AUGUCAGAGGACAUGGAAGCCACAGGGUGGGGAUACACACAGAUCAGAGUUGACAGCGUCUGCCACAAGUGGACCAUUAGCAACUUUUCAUUUUGCAUGGAUGGAAUUAGGGAAAAGAUUACAAGCCCAAAAUUCUCGUUGGAGGCCAGUGACAAAGUGGAAUGGGGUUUGAGGGUACACCCAAACGGAAGUGAUGAAGAGAGCAAAGAUUACCUGUCAGUUUACCUGGGAUUACUCCACUGUCAAAAGAGCACAGUUUGGGCAAAGUUUGAAUUCUGGAUCAUAAAUUCCCAAGGAAAGAAUUAUCAAAGUAGGUCCAGCAUUAAUGUCUUUAGCUUUCAAAAAAACCAAUACAGGGGAUUCAAAAAGUUUAUCCUACGAGAUUUCCUCUUCUCCAAUCCACAUAGUCUCCUCCCUGAAGACCAGCUUACCCUCUGCUGCAAACUAACAAAAGUAAAGAGAGAAUAUACAAAUCCACCUACAGAGAAAUUAAAU